AUGGCACCUAAGGGCAAAGGCGCUGCCGACAAGGGCAAAUCCAAAGACUCCAAAGACGGCGGCGGCAAGGCUGCCAAAGCCGCUCAGACGAUCAAUGUCCGACAUAUCCUCUGCGAGAAGCACGCCAAAAAACAAGAGGCUCUGGCAAAACUGAACGCAGGCGCCAAGUUUGACGAAGUCGCGCGAGAAUUCUCGGAGGACAAGGCUCGUACAGGAGGAGCGCUUGGAUGGAAGACCAAGGAAGCUUUACUCCCCGAGUUCUCGGCGGUCGCUUUCGAGCUGGCCGCAUCUACGACGGCCAAUCCGGUCAUUGGCGAGUGCAAGACUACGGAGGGAUAUCAUAUCAUCAUGGUCGAAGGGCGGAAGUAGGGUCUCGGUAUUCUGUUUUGUACCUUGACAUUGUAUACGGACUAUGGCCGAGGUGUGAUGGGAAGCCGAGGUAUAGAACUACAUUACGGUACAUGUAGUCUUCUAGCCAUCCAUCCCACGCUCUUGUCACUAUGAGUACAUGUAGGAUCGGAUAGGCAUCUAUACAUGUGUGAUGAAUCGCACAGGCGAUGCUUCAGAGAUGACGAGGGAGGAUCCGGAACAGGACACACCAUCAAGCUCCACCUAUAGUAGAAACUACUACUCUAUAAUGUAACUACAUGUAUUCGUUGCAGACAACACGUUCAUCAGAUUCAC